AACGAGAAACGAAGAAAAAGAUACGGAGCAGUUUAAAACAUUUUUUUUUAUAGUAUAUAGCGUGUAAAAUUAAUUCUUUUUUUUUUUUGUAUUACCGUGUGAAAUUAAUUUUUAAAAUAUACUGUAUUAAUCAAUUUUAAUUGUUUGAAUAUAAUAACUAUUAUUAAAUAUUUUUCCUUCAAAAAACUAUUAUUAAAUCUUUUAUUCCCUUAUUGUUAAUUGUUAAUUUUUCCGCGUUAAACUUACCUGUUCUCUCAAUAUUGAAACAAACGUAACGUAUACAAGUAACAAAUUUUAAUUAUUUUCUUUAUAAAUUUUCUCUAUAAAUAAUAAAUAAAACCCUAAAACUCUUUAUAUCUCUCUCUCUCUCUCCUCUGUUCUUCUUCUUCUCUGUACUUUUCUUCUUCUUUUCUUCUUCACAUUCUCUGAUUUUGAUACUUUCAAUUUCAUCAUCAUCAUCAUGAAGCUGAGCAACAACUUGAUCGGAAUUCUGAACUUUCUAACCCUACUUCUUUCAAUUCCAAUUUUAGUGAUGGGAGUAUGGUUACACAGACAAGCCAACACUGAAUGUGAAAGAUGGUUAGAAAAACCCAUUAUUGCCCUUGGUGUUUUUCUCUUAGUUGUUUCUCUAUUGGGUUUCAUUGGUGCUUGUUGUCGUGUUUCAUGGCUUCUUUGGUUCUAUCUUCUUUUCAUGUUCUUACUCAUUGUUCUUCUCUUUGUUUUCACCAUUUUCGCUUUUAUUGUUACUAACGAAGGUGCUGGUGAAAAACUAUCCAAUAAAGGGUAUAAAGAAUAUAGACUUGGUGAUUAUUCUCAUUGGUUGCAGAAAAGGGUUAAUGAUAAUGGAAAUUGGAAGAAGAUUAAGAGUUGUUUACAAUCUGGCAAAGUUUGCUCUUUAUAUCAUAACCAAUUUGUCAAUGAUACUGAUGAUAAAUUCUUUACUGAAAACUUGUCUGCUAUUCAGUCUGGAUGUUGUAAGCCUUCAAAUGACUGUGGUUUUACUUAUGUGAACCCAACAACCUGGACAAAGACUGGAAAUGUUACUUAUACCAACCCUGACUGCGAUGCUUGGGCGAACGAUCCAAACGUUCUGUGCUUCAAUUGCCAAUCUUGCAAGGCUGGCUUACUGCAAAACAUAAAGACUGAUUGGAAGAAGGCGGCUGUUGUCAAUAUCAUAUUCCUGAUUUUCCUGGUUAUUGUCUACUCCAUUGGUUGUUGUGCAUUCAGGAAUAACAGGAAUGACAAUUGGAAGAGAUAUUAGGUUCUUCAAUAUUGAAUGAUUUAGCCCAUAUGGUUUAUAUGCUCUUUUUCUUUUUGUUGGUUCUUUAUGGCUUUGAUGGAUUUCUUACUGUUUUCAGUACAGUUUUACUCUGUUGACAAUUUUAUAUUUUACAGUUUCAUAGUAUCAUAUAUCUUUACUUAGAUAUGA